AUGUUUAGAAUAAAAUUACAAUUAAAUUAUCAACAUGAGUUUUAUGUUCUUAUUGAUUGUUUACCAUUGAUCGAAUAUUUUUUUCUAUUGAAUUAUGCAAAGGAAAUGAAUUAUACGUAUUUGAAACGUUUUAUAUCUCAAUGUUCUAAUCUUGAAUAUUUAUCAUUGAAUUUAACCAGCAAACAAUGUAUUGAUGGUUAUCGUUUAGAAAAUUUAUUAUCAAAAUUAUCAAAAUUAAUAAACUUUAGUUUUUGUAUUGAGAAUCAAGUGACUACUCCUCAUUAUAUUGAAGCAUAUCAGACACCAUAUUGGCUUAAAAAUUAUAUUCUUGUCUGUUUUCCUACGAGAGUAUGGCAGAAUUGUCAGUGUAUUUUUUCAUUACCCUAUAAUUUUUCUAAGUUCUAUUUUGGAUUAAAUGAUAUUGUCCAUUAUCAAUCAAAUAUAAAUGACAAUUAUAUUUUAACGUAUAGUAAGAGAAAUAAUAUGAAACAAUUUUUUAUAUGGGAUAAUAAACCGUUUACGUUGGAAUUAUUUCAAUUUAUUAAACAAAUAUGUGGUAAAACAACAAAAUUAAUCAUUCAUAAUUCUGCUACUUACACCCGUUUAAAUGAUGAUUUAAUGAAUAAUAAUGAUUUUGUUUUAAUAAAUGUUGUUUAUUUAAAAUUACUGAUCAGUAAAGUAGAAUGUAAAUAUUUAAAACGUUUACUUUUAAUGACUCGAAAUAUUCAACAAUUAGACAUGCCUUGGUAUUUUCUUUUUUUUCUUUCUUUCUUUUCAUUUUAGUAACAUACCAUGGUACAUAAUAAAAGUUCAGACAUAAGCAUGACUUGCAACAGAAAAAAUAAACAUGAAAUUCAAAGUUUCUGCCUAUCAUGACCAACAACUAAAAAUAGCGAGAGAAAUGCUUUUCACACUAAUUUUUGAGGCAAGAUGAGUGCAUUACAUAUAAGUUAUACUUUACGCUGUCACACUGUUGUU